UCCCCGAAAAAUCAAAUCCCAACCCCAUUCGUCAAAGCACCUGCCUCUCUCGCACCAUUCCUCGAACGUCUCGAUCCAGCAAAAGUCCACAUCACACACAUCGAUCGCCAUCCAAUCCCAUACAAAAAGAACAUCUUCCUCAUCCCCGUCGCCCUCAACGGCAUCAUCGCUCUCCUCCUCACAUGGCGCCUCUGGAUCGCAAUCCCAAAAUACUGGAUCCUCCUCCAAACUCUCCUCGGCUACAUCACAUCCGCAUCAGUCGACCCUACAACCACAACGCGAAAACAACAGAUCCUAAUCCUCUUCAAACGAACAGGAAUGAUGGCUUGCGACUUUUUCCUUUUCCGCUUCGUAGGUCCCUGGCCUCUCACCUUCUUCCUCGAACAACCCGCGAACCCGGUUUCUUGGAGAUGGACGCUAGGGUUUCAGAAAGAAGAGGUUGUGGUGAGGGUCAGUCGGAAUUGGGGUAAUGAGGAUCUUAUGGAGGGUGUGAAGCAGGGUGAAGAGAAUGCGUUUUUUAAAACCAGGGUUUUGCCUGCGAUUGAGCCGAAGGUUAUGCUGAAGAGCGGAUAUUUGACCAUGAAUGAGAGCUGGGACUUGGAGUUUGAGGUUAUGUGCGAUGCGCAUACGCUUGUUCAGAGAGGGGCUUUGAGGAUGGAGGAUUUGGAUAAGGUUGUUCUAGCGCAUAUGGAGGGUGUGGGUUGGUUGGUGUGGAAGUGGGAUGGUGCGGGAGAUGUGAUUGAGGGGAGGAGGAAGAAGGUGGUUGCGUUCAAGGAGAAGCUUACUGCGAUGGGCAAGGAAAGUUUGUUCUGGAAAUGGACUGAGAUUGUGGAAGAGGAGAGGGAUAGAGAUGGUGGGUUCACGCCGGAGAGACAGCAGAAGGUCGCAAUGAGGGUACAACAGGAAUUUGAGAAGAAUGGAGUAGACUUUGAAGAGGUUGUCAAGAGUAUUGGUGGUUUGGAUGAGGUG